CGCCCUCCCUCUCUCUCUAUCUCUCUCUCACCCACUCACGAGCGCACAUUUUCAGUCUCGCGCAGCCCUGACGUCCCAUUUUAUUGUCAAUCUCUGCUUCUUUCGCAGGGAUUUCCAUCUCUAUUCAAGAUCACUUGGAACAUAUAAACAAGACAAACUCUUCGCAGGGGCUAUACAGCACUGUGGCUCCGUCUAAUUUGUGCUCAGACUUAUCAACUAGGGCUUUGGCUGCAGUGUACACAGGAUGCCUCAAAAAGGUAAGCUCCAAUUUCUUGGCACUUUGUACCUAGCCUACAUUUCAGACAGCAUGCAUUAUUCACCUAACCAUAGCAUACACAUUACACCAUUUUAGAGUGAAACAUCAAAUAAAAGUAGGCUAAGUGUUGGAAAUGCAAAUUAAAACUCCAAGUUAAUAAUGUUUAAAUGUUUGUAAUUUAGGAAGAGUCCGAACGGCUCGAAAGUUUUUAGUGCUGGUCAUUUCGGCUUUAACAAAGGAACUUCGGUACGCAAACUAGUGGCAGCCUAAUUUGAACAUUUAGGUUCGCAUCCUUAUGUAUUUAUACUGUGCAUUUGCUUGUAUUCCGUCGGUGCUUGCAGUUAUCUUAAUGCUUAUUUAUGACAGGAAAUAGUAAAAGUCAGGCCAAGACAGUGAUAAGUCCAGAGAAUGGGGACGUGAUGAUGCGACGAGCAAGGGUGUCAAGUUGAAUCAUACAGUCAGCCUUACCCGGGCGCCAUCACAACAAAAUGCUCUUUUAACUUUUUCCUAAGUUUGGCAAAUGUUAAAUCAUUUUCAGGAUACAUUUUCCUCAAUUCAAUUACAAUUUAAGUAGCCUACUUACUGAACUCAAAUAGUAAUGUUUUUAACAUGCAGUAUAUAUAUGUGAAAACAGUUUAGUUUAUUAUAGCUAUUUCGCCACACAAAGUAAUAAUGAUUAGAAUAAGUGCAUAGUUACGUUUUACGUACUACAAAUAUAGGAAAAUACAGAAAAAUCACAACUUUAAAAGUGUUUAUAUUAGUGGUUAAUUAGCUAAGAUGAUUUAUAGCAUUGGGCAAUGCAUUAUGCUUUUGGCUCUUCCAGUACGAUAUUGCUUUAUUCUAUUAGCUAAAUAUAUGGUAGCUAUAUAUAGUAGUAGUUAUGUCAAAUGUUACUGUGUUCAACUUCCUGCCAGGACAUUGUUCCUUUAUGGAGUUUUUCUGCAUAGAAAUGAAGGGAAUAAUCAGGAAUAAUAUAGGCCUUACAAGUCUGAAGAUGCAUGUUCAAUUAAAAUAGUUGUAGUUGUUGAUUAAAACGGGCAAAAUACAGAUGAGACCUUCUUCUUUUGCAGACUGCAUCAAAUACAUGAUACAAUUCUAGUUAGACUUGCACAAUAAGCUAAUUAUUGGCUUCUCAUGACAUUAAAAAGUUGGUGGAUUUUAUAUAUAUAUAUAUAUACAAGUAGACUGCUUCCGGGUUAACUUUAUGCUUAAUUAAUUGUUAUAUCAAAUUAGUUAAUGGAUUAUUUUACACAAGCAAUCAAUAUAAACUCGGAACCCUUUACUUUGCUCUUUCCCAUUUUCCCAUUGCAUUAUUGCAAUUGAAAAUAAUUAGAAGAGAGAAUGAGGAAAAAUGAAAAUAAAUGUUUUGUAGCUUCACCCAUCUACUUAUAAACGUAUAUAAUCAGUGAACAAAUAGUGCAAUGAAUUUUUCUAACUUUAUUUUAGAAAAUUAUUAUAAAUUAUGAGUUAUGAUGAUGAGUUAGUUGAAUUUACAGUUUCUUUAGAAUAUCUUCAUACAUAUGAAUAGCAGCUUGGCUCUAUUAUUGGAUGUAGGCUAUAGGCUAUUUAUUUGUGGAUGCACACUGUAAAUACACACACAGUCAGUCCCUCGCCUGUUCAAAAAGGAGAAGAUGAAAAGGGAGAAAAUCAAAGCUUGGACUAUUUCCUUAGUGGCCUCCUUUUCGGCAAAUGUUUUGAAUAGGCUCUUUAUGGCAAUUGUAUUUUUCCAAUUGAGCACCCCACUGAGCUGUUGUAUCUUUUUUACAACUCUAACGACACACACUAGCAACACAAUUACAUCCAGAUAUUUAAAACAAGAAAUUGCGUUUCUAUUUUCCAAAUCGAGACAAACAAAAAAGCAGAGGGAUACGGGCACCGGGUCACGGCAAGCAGCAGUGUAACUGUGGCGGUGUGAGAGGGUGUUGUGCUGGGCAUCGGUGCAGUGGGAGGGGGUUGCUCCCUACAGCUCUUUGUAUUCCUGAGAGUUGUUGGUACGUUUAGUUCGAGGCUGUGUAGCUAGUUAGUGAGCCUGAGUUAUGCUCUCUGGGUUCUGGUGUAGAAGCAGAAAGGACGCCAUUGUUGUAAUUCCGCAGGCUUUGUUGGAGAGCCUUCACCCCCUCCCGAUGUCACUUUCCAAAGCAGCCAAGCGAGGGAGACAGCGUGUGUCACUAGACGACUACAUAUAAAGACAUCUUAAACGUAUAUUACUGACUAAAGUUUUCACGGCCAAUAUAAUAAUAACAGUAACGUUUUACAUCUUAAUGUAUUCAAAAAUCCUUAACUUUAUUUCUUUAAGGUAGCCAGCCUACUCUCAAUACACCUAAAAUACAAUCAAACGCUGAUAAUAAGCUAUUGAACCUUUUCUAGAAUUACUGCAAUGCUAUUUAUCUCAAGAAAUGAGUUUGAAAAUAUUGCAGUAAGUCUGACUUAAUAAAAACGAAAGCUAAGGUGCCUACUAAUAAAAUGUUUUGCUUUGUCCAUAGGGAGAAUAUAUUAACUAGUGAGAAGCAGAUGAGAGAAUCUUUAAAUUGUUUUAAGCGGACAGUCCACACUGUUUCCAGGCAAGUUUAAACACUGAAUAUAUAUAUAUAUUCAAAAAUCUUUAGAACAACAAACGAUAUUAUGCUCUCAUAUUAUGAAAUAUCAAUUAAUAAUAGCCUAAUGCAUCCUGAGUUAUUAAUGAGUAAUAUAGUGCCCACCGUAAUUGUCUAAUUGCACCAAAUCAAUGUCUGUGAUGUGUAUGUACCCUGAGUAUUGUACUAUUAUUAGCAGCCUGCCAAUACUGAUCAUUGCUAUUCUUUCCCCAUGACUAAUAGAAUACUAUAACCGGGCCACGUGGGAAUCUGGCGUCGUGUCCAUGAUGCAAAACAGUAAGUUCAUGUUUUUUUCUGAGUAACUAUAUACACUGAGCUGUAAAGAGACAUGUGGCACAUGACAUUUAUGCUGAAUAUGUUGGUUUGCAUGUUUGUGUAGAAUAAGGCCAAGAUUUUCCGACAUGUUUACAUUUGCUGAAUUAGAAAUGUUUUUUAUAUGCUCACCCUCAUAUUUUGAUCCACACAGUUGUAUUUGUAUUAGUGGACUUUGACUAGUAUGCUUCUAUUAACCUGUACGUGUAACAACUGAAAUAUAGCCUAAUAUCUGCACCUGCACUAUCACCAACUAUCAGAGAAGAGGCUAGCAGGAAGGAGAAGGCCUCGAUGGUUUUAUUUAUUGGCUAAUUACAUACAACUUCCAAAUAAGGCCUACACAAUAAUAAUAAAACACCAAUAGAAAGAAAGAAAGAAAGAAAGAAAGAAAGAAAGAAAGAAAGAAAGAAAGAAAGAAAGAAAGAAAGAAAGAAAGAAAGAAAGAAAGAAAGAAAGAAAGAAAGAAGAGGAUACGUUUAAAGUUUAUUCUUGAUAUGAUAAAAUAACAUUUCAGAAACGCCUGUUGGGGUAUGCCAAUUCACAUUGUCCAUUAUAUAUGCACUAAUGGACAUUGCAUGGAUCUCAUGGAGAAUAUGUAAUGUUUAUGAAGAUGUUAUUCCUUCUGUAUAACCACAGUGUGAGGGUAAAAGUUUAUGCUUUGAUGAGACUGAGUAUUUUUUUUAAUGAAUGCAUUGGGACUAUACACGUUAGAGCAGUAUUUACAUAUUUGAGAUGCUAUUCACUAAUUCAUAAUUCAUAAUUUUGUAUCGUUGGCAGAAUGACAAUAAAAUACAUAUAUUUUCUUUCUUAAUGCUGGACAAGAGGUGUAUGACUAUAACGAAGGUGUGUGGAAUGGCUUACUCUCAUUCUCUUAAACUCAACGACACGUUUGUGCUGCAGUGUGCUUUCAUAUUUAUGCCAAUACAUUAUAUUGUCUUGGCUUAGCCUUGCACUUCAUGUAUAUUUUCAUAUAAGGCCUAAAUUUAACAAGUUAUAGGCGUAGGAUCAGAGGGAAGAUGUGACGCAUACACUUGAAAGACCUCCAACCAAACAAAGCAUUUGUAUCUAGGUCAGCUUAAGUAGGCCAUAUUUAAUAAUUGUAUGGUGAUGUGAAGUCCCAUAUUCCCUCUCACAUUUGAAAAGAAAACUGAAGUCUUCAAAUAAUUGCACGAAGAAAAAAAAACAUAUCAAAAUGUACAUUGUGUCUGUUCCUCUCUUUUUAUAUCAGCCUACUGGCUACCAAAAUAUUAGGGCUAUAUAUCAGCCUGUAAUCAAGAUUGUAUAGAACUAUGCCUUAAUUUAUCUCUUGUUACAUUUUUACAUUGUCAUGGCAAUGGACUGUUGCAAUGUUAUAGUGGGGUGAUCUCUUGAGCGAAAUACUGAGCAGAUAUUAUUCGGAUGAGGCCUUCAGUUUGUCUAAAGGUCACGGCUGACUCUGCAGGCUUUGUGCUAAUAACUCCUGGCUGUAUAUGGAACUGAGCGUCCAAAUUGACGCCAUAUGUUUUCCUAUUAAUUGACUUGCAAUAGAAUACAAGGCGCAUAAUCAUUGCCACCGGGCGAGAUUGACACCACUCACCGUGGGGAAUUAUUUAAUGAUUGAGACUUAACCUUUCGAGUGAAAGUUAGAUUGUAUUUUCUUAUCUCUAUGUGGCAGUGAUCAAGUGCAUUUAUAUGAGCACUAGGCCUAUACGGGAGGCGCGUUCAAAGUAAAUAAAUCUUCAAUAUGCUUUUCCCUGCUGACCUAUCAAAUGCACAAACACAAUUGAUUUAAUCUAAUCCUGGAAUCAACCUCAAAAAAUGACAUAGCGAUGGAUUUGCUCUUAUAGCAGUCUUUUCCUGAGCGGAUAGCCUUUAUUUACACCCUGAUUUUGGUUCGAAUUUGUGAAUUUAGCACAAUGUCAGUAGACAACAAAUUCACAAGCACGUGUAAUUUUCUAUUUUAAGGCCUAAUGUAAUAUUAUAAUUGAUGUAGGGCCUACCUAUUAUUUAUCAUUUGAAAACACAGUAACAAAACAUAUAUAAAAGACGGGCGAGUGCAAACAUCUACAGCAGACUCGUGAUAACAAAUAUAGUCUGUGUUGGUUUGUCGCUUGAAAAAAAGAUGUAACUUUUGAUAUAUUAAGAGCGACGCGCGCUCCCAUCCUCGGGCCCGCGCACAGCCCCCUGGCUACCAUAAAAUGAAGCUUCCCUUGAAGGGUAAAUGAGUAGAGUCCAAUUUAGUCUGAGUGAUAUCCAAAUGCAGACAGAAAGGGUCGUUUUAUCAUGCUACUAUUUGUCGUGACGAUGCCAUUUUCAAAAGCAGAGCAGUGUCAUAAAGUGACAUGCCUGCCACAAGUGCUCCAACUGAUCUUUUCAAUUAGCCUUCCAUGCAUGAUCCAGGGCGACUUCCGCCUAUUUCCAGAAAUUAACAUCAAACUUGACGUGCAGCUAGCUUUACUUUAAAGACAAAUGUCAGCCAGGCUCAUCAUAUUUUUCCCCUCUUCUAUAUUUGGAGCUUAUUUAUUGCUAAGGAGCUUGUGCUCUUGGAGUCAAUUUAACGGGAGGCUUCGAAGGGAAGGGAGCGGAGAACUAGAGCAAACGUAGGCGGCUACAAGGAGGCUUCUUUUCCAUUGGACUUCAGGUUUGGUCUGGUUUUCUGGGCUAUCCUAAACUGGAUAUUGUUAAUUAACUCGCACGAAACUUCUUUAAAUGAGCGUUUAUGGUGUUUUGGCUGGUGUAAUAUCAAGUUGAUAUACAGUUGGAUUAGGUGACGAUUUGUUUUUAGUCUUGAAAUUAUACUGUAAUUAGUACUUUAUAAUGCUGUGCCGCAAAUAGCAUUACGCUAUUUGAUCUUAUUAAAGCUUUGUAAAGAUGCGCAAAUCUCGGCUCAGUGGGCUGGAGAUGUUUUGGUCGAGAUCAUACCACACCGCUGACGCUUAAUCAAUGUUCUGCUCGUGUGAUUAGAACAAGAUUGUAGAAAAUAAUAACAUUGCGAGCAUAUCCGGAAAGCAUUUCGAACAUAUGACAGAUGAACAAUGGCAAUAAUUACAGACUACGCAAAUUCCAGCGUGAUUUUCCCUAUGUUUGGUGCUGAACGUUCAGUUUAGUUCUGUUUGAUAACUUUUAUUUUGCAUAGUUAACCACUAAACGCUUGCAUCGGAGACAUCUGUAGUGAAGAGGUUGCUGUUUUUUUAUUUUUUUUUUUUUAUCACAGCUCUUGAUUAGUGGCUUAACUAAAGAUAGUGCAACCCCUGUCUCUGCCCAGGUCACAGCGGAGUGAAUCAGCUCGGCGGAGUGUUCGUCAACGGAAGACCCCUGCCCGACACCACCAGACAGAAAAUAGUCGAGCUUGCUCACAGUGGCGCGCGGCCGUGCGAUAUAUCCAGGAUUCUGCAGGUGAUAACACUGCAUUCUUCUCCCUGUCUGCGUCAGUAAAACGCCUUAGAAUAAGAUUCCUAAUGCGUGAUUUUUAUUUAGAAUAUAUACCAACUCAAUGCACAUCCAACAGUUCAAGCCAUUUCAAGUUGCCGUUUUGAAAAUUAGAAUAUUACGCACGAAUAAAUAGGCUACUUCAUUGUAGCAAUGAAUUAUGGUUUGUGGUGAUGCCAGGAUAUGUUAGGAUACAACCUGCAAACACAACCAUCCAAAGUAGAUGCCCUGAUCCAGUGCAAAUUAAAUUACCGUACCAUUCAAGGUAUAUUUCUUGUGUUAUAGACCCAUGGUGAUGCAAAAGUUCAAGUGCUGGACAAUGAAAACGUAAGCGUAACAAUGUUUGUAGUAUAAACAUAUAUUUCACAUUAGUCUUAAAUAAUGUAUGUGAUUUGUGUCUAUUGUUUUCUAUUUAGGUGUCAAACGGCUGUGUGAGUAAGAUUCUGGGCAGAUACUAUGAAACCGGCUCCAUCAGACCAAGGGCGAUCGGGGGUAGCAAACCAAGAGUAGCAACUCCCGAGGUGGUCGGAAAAAUUGCAGUAUACAAGAGGGAGUGCCCUUCAAUCUUCGCGUGGGAAAUUCGUGACAGACUGCUAUCCGAGGGGGUCUGCACAAACGAUAAUAUACCCAGUGUAAGUUCAUUGAGUGUAAGUUAUUAGUCAUACCAUUUUAUAGGCCUAUACGCUUAAAACAAUUACCAUGAACAACUGACCUCCAUAUUGGUUAUGAUUAUGCACCUGUAUCAGAACAAUUACAUAAAUUGACAAUUUAAUUGAUAUUUUCUUAAUCUCCCAUUUCGAUAGCGAGUUUCUUAUCCAAAUACAUAUUGUGAAUGUGAGGGUAUGCAUGCACUUAUGUGACAGAUCACUUGCAAGCCAGUGUGCCGUCACAAGGGAAGCAAGCGCCAAGCGCGUUUAAUUAAUGUGAAGCAUUUUGGGUUUGUCUUUCAGGUGUCGUCGAUAAACAGAGUACUGCGCAACCUGGCUAGCGAGAAGCAACAGAUGGGCGCAGAUGGCAUGUAUGAGAAGUUGAGAAUGCUGAACGGUCAGACUGGGACGUGGGGGACCCGGCCGAGCUGGUACCCCGGAACCUCAGUGCCAGGACAGCCCAACCCAGGUAGGAGAAUCACUGGAUUUGACGAGUGGAGUGCGGAUGAGUGGCGCAGUGGUCUAAGGCACUGUAUCUCAGUGCUAGAGGCGUCACUACAGACCCUGGUUCGCUUCCAGGCUGUAUCACAACUGGCUGGCUGUGAUUGGGAGUCCCAUAGGGCGGCGCACAAUUGGGCCAGCGUCGGCCGGGUUUGGCCGGGGUAGGCCGUCAUUGUAAAUAAGAAUUUGUUCAUAACUCACUUGCCUAAUAAAAUAUUAUGUUGUAUUUAUAACGAUUAAUUAUUAUUAUUAUUAUUAUUAUUAUUAUUAUUAUUAUUAUUAUUAUUAUCAUUAUUAUUAUUAUUAGUAGUAGUAGUUUUAGUAGUAGUACAAUUAUAGUAUCAUUAUAGUAUGCCUAUAUUAUUACAAUAGUGUUAUUACUAAAAUAAACAAUAAUAUCUCAUUUUUAUUUUAUCGUGUUAAAACAUUAUUAGGCUACAUUAUUGUUACAUUGUUUAAAGUAACAUGGGAAUAAACAUUUAUUUUUAGAAAAUCUUUGAGUUCAGUUGAUAUUGUUUAUCACUAAUGCAUCUGCUUCAUUAAACUUAUUAGACUUACGCAUGGAACUGUAAUUCAUUUGCUGGUCUAUAUGCAGAGAAGUAACCGAACACUUCGACAUUUGACCUUUGGGAAACAUAGAUGCAUGUAUAAUUCUGACGUGAGACUGUGAGAGCUUGUUGAGAUUAAAAGAUUACUUGGUUUGAUUCGACUAGUUAUUAAUUUGCAAAAUCUUGGCAUGUUUUUCUAUCAACAAUUUUUUUACAAUAUGGUUGUAAUUUCACAAUUUAGUCUGCACGAUUUAGUCUGCACGAUUUAGUCUGCACGAUUGAUCCAUUCCUAGGCCUAUGGGCCUACAAUAUUUUGCAUUCGGUCUCCCACCCGAGGAUGAAAAAAAUCUGAAGCAGUGUGCGGAAUAUCUGUACAAAGGAUGUUUCUGUCACACGCAAGAAUUUGUUAUGGGAACAGUUCUGUCGCUAUGUAAUUGCUCAUUAGAGAACGUUUUGUUUCUCAUUAAGGGCGACAUGAAUAAGCAUCUAGUUUGAGGAGACAGCUGUAGAAAUGUUCCACGGGAGACCUCUGGACACGAUAUGGCAUCACUUGCCAAUUAGACACGUCAGUUUUAAGAGAACUAAACAAUAAAAGAUGGACACCAUAGAGAUACAAAUAGUCGUGUUUUCCCCCUCAUAAUAUCUGCAGUGUUUUGGUGUUGUUGGCAACUACAUCUGUCUCGCGAAUCGCCUACAUUUUUCUUUUCUCCACUAUCUAUUUAUUUUCCAACUCUUAAAGUCCUAUUGGCUUUGGAGCUCUGGCAGAAUGAAGUUACCUCAACAAUUACAUGAAGGUGGAUGAAAGGUGACCGAGUGUCAUGAGUAGCAAAUUGUAGCCUAUUUUUUAUUAGCAUAUACAUUUUUUUUAUUGUAUUAUUUUGUAUUAUUGUCAUUAUGAUUAUUAACUAGGCACUACUGUUAUUAUAAUAGUAUCAUAAUUGUAUUCAUUAUAUAAUCUAAACCUAUAUAAUCUUAUCAAAAUUAUAUAGGCUAAUAUUAUUAUAUAUGAAUAAUAAGGCUGUUGUUGUUUGUACUUCAAAUGUAUCUCUGUUAUCCUGUCUAUUCACAAUGUGUGUGUAAACAACACAACCAGCUAUACCAACAUUGUAUGUUCACUUAUGUUCUGCCAUAAGUGUCUAUACUUGCGUGGAGUGCGAUUUCAAGCGCAUUAAGAAUCCAUUACUCCGGAAGCAUAUGGUUGGGUGAGGUCUCAGAGGGGGACAAAUAUGGUCUCAAUCUGAUAAACGCCACGCAACAGUGAAUAAAAUAACGAAUUCAUUAGAGUGACAGGGCCUAAAAAGAGACAACUCUUUCAUAAGGAGAGGGUAAAAGCUCGCGCUAGCGAUUUUGUGCUUUUAGGGAUCAACGUGACAGUUUUUCUUAUCUUUUUUUCUUUAUAGAGGACUAAAGCUGUCUAUAGGGUUUAGACACUUUCUCUUUCAGGGGGUCCCAGAAUGUUUUGAGUUUCUAUUGCUGAAAGAUGCCGCAGUUGGUUCUCUAUCUUCUGGCUUGUUUUAUGCCUCACUGAUUGCGACACGUGAUACUAUGGAACCGUAUAUUUCCCAGCGUCUUUCAUUAAUGAAAACAAAUCCCAAAUCUAGCGACAGUUGGUCUGGCUGAGAGAUAAUAGGACGCACAUUCACUCCUUUUGACAGAUUAGCUGCAAAACUAUAGCACACUGGCCACUGAUACGCUUUCUUUUUGGAGAGACAUUUAAAGGGGAUAACUUAAUCGUCGUGUAUGUUUACACAUAGUUCUGAAUAAUGCAUUUGGUUUUGGAACUACAAUUCUGUCAAAAAGACAUACGCAUAACGUCAAAGCAGAGUGAAUAAGAUACCCACAUAUGAUGAUGGGUCACUGCUGAUAUGUUUUUCUAAUAUAGCAAGAUUAUAUUACUUAUAUUACUUACCAAUACAGUUUAUGACUAUACUGAGCAACCUGCCCGGGCAUGUAGAAAAAAACAUGAAAUGUAAAAUGGUAAUCACCCUCACAAUAAACUGUCAAAGCAGAUUUACUAGGCCUACAUAACUAGUCUUUCUAUAUCAUCUUGCUACAAAGGCAUAAUGUAAUGGAGCAAAGGGAUGCUGAAUAAAGUGUUUAUCAACGCCACUCACUGAGGCUCCCUAACUCACUGUAGGUUUCCCUGUCCCCUUUAAGGAGGCCUAACAAACAGGGGCUGAACAAGAUAUGUCUCAUUCAGUAUGUGCUGGGUGUUUUUCUUCCAUGGCCUAAAGAAGGUAUAAAUCCUAACUGGCAUUGAACAGGGCAUCCUAGGAGACAGUGAUUAAUGAUAGCAGUGCAUAAAGGUUAACAUACUAAGCUGAAAAGUCUGUUGGCUGGAAUCCUCCAGCUACAAUGAAGGGUACUGAGUGCCUCAGAGAAUCCCUUUGUUGCCUUCUCCAAUUGUUUCCUCAAAAUUCUGCCCAGGAAAGUUUGCCAACCCCUCCACAGACCAUGAAUGUAAUAGUUUCCCUUAUGCUCCUGGUAUUGUGUGGUCAUGAAAAACAGCUUUUAUUCAAGUGUUGGGGGUUAUUUCAAUGGGUGUACAAACACCCAUGUGGAAAAAGCUAACAUUUAAAAAGGGAACGUUUGGAUUUUAAAGCAUUUCAGGGGAUCCAAAUAGGUUCUAUCACAUUUUGUUAUAUUUCAGCACGACAGGCAUUGUUACAUGGUCAUAAAAGAUCGAAGCCAAAAGGAAUAUUUUCCCACAACAUUUUAUAGCAUUUUUCCAUAGCCUGACGUGACUAAUAAUAUCUGGUCGAAAUAAUACAAUGAAUUGUCAAACCAAGUCAAUAUCAGCUGGAAGAAGCAGAGAACUCAACAAGUCUCAACAUUUCACAUAUUUUAAGAUAAUAUUUUACGCACAGAUGGGCUUUGGACAUAUCCUCAUAGGCCUCAUUAAAAUCCAAGGAACGCAAAAUGCUAACAUGAUCACAUCUACUUCCCAACAGGUGCACCUCAUGCUAUGCGGGGAAGCUGAAGAAAGAGUGAUAGCUUGUAUUGAUUUAUUUAUUCUGUAUGUUUCAGAUGGUUGUCCACAGUCAGACGGUGGAGGUGAGAACACUAAUUCAAUAAGUUCGAAUGGAGAAGACUCGGAUGAGACCCAAAUGAGACUUCAGCUCAAAAGAAAAUUGCAAAGGAACCGCACUUCGUUCACACAAGAACAGAUAGAAGCGCUUGAGAAAGGUAAAUUAUACCGCCACGUCACAUGUUCUUGUCCAACUGUCGGCCAAAGUAAUCUCAUUAAUGAGCUGGUGAUACUAAAUUUGUCUAUUUUACACAGAAGUAAAGCAUCAAGGCUGACUCAUUCUAUUCAUUUUGAAUAUCACCACAGAUUACUGUUUUCAUUGGGAUACUGUGAACAACUUAUUCACUGCAAAUGAUACAUUUUCCCACAACUACAUUAGUCUGAAUGCUUUUUUAGGCAUAUUUGAUGUAUAGCACAUUUAAUGACUUCCUUUUUAGUUCUUACUAAUGUUGUUUUUGUUUCAGAGUUUGAAAGAACUCACUAUCCAGAUGUUUUCGCAAGGGAAAGACUUGCUGCAAAAAUCGACCUCCCAGAGGCCAGAAUACAGGUACAGCAACCUCUCCUUGUGCCCAUCAAUAUCACCUUGAAUUUAGGGAUAUUAUAUUUUAUUUAUUUAUUUAUUUAACCUUUAUUUAACUAGGCAAGUCAGUUAAGAACACAUUCUUAUUUACAAUGACAGCCUACCAAAAGGCCUCCUGCGGGGACAGGGGCUGGGAUAAAAAAAUAAAUAUAUAUAUAUAUAAAUAUAGGACCAAACACACAUCACAACAAGAGAGACAACACAACACUACAUAAAGACCUAAGACAACAACAUAGCAUGGCGGCAACACAUGACAACACAGCAUGGUAGCAACACAACAUGAAAAACAUUAGCAACAACAUGGCAGCACAACAUGGUAGCACACAGACAUGGUACAAACAUUGGGCAGACAACACAAAGGGCACUUAUAACCACAUUCACAGUGUGACACAUCCAACGCUAACCUUUGAAACAUGACUGUGGUUUCAGGUAUGGUUUUCAAAUAGAAGGGCAAAGUGGAGGAGGGAGGAGAAACUCCGGAAUCAAAGACGACAAGCCAGUAACUCUUCCAGUCACAUCCCUAUCAGCAGCAGUUUCAGCACCAGUGUCUACCAGCCCAUCCCACAGACCACAGCACCAGGUUGGAGUCAGUGAUCUUUAUCAAAACGUCCUGUUACAUCAUAUACAUUCCACCGUCAUGUAUUGCCUGUAGGGUCUAUUUAUGUUAUUUUAGUACUGUAGCCUAAUCAGCAUGGAGAAUAAAAAUCUAUUGUACAAAUAUGUGUGAGAGGAGUGCCACACAAUCCAUUCUAUGUUCCUGCAUACCAAGGAUACAAAUGGCAAUCAGGUGCUGACUGGUAUCUAAAAUACCUUUCUAUAUCCUGCCCCUGCAGUAUCGUUCUCGUCAGGAUCCAUGUUGGGAAGACCAGACACAGCCCUCACAAACACAUACAGUGCCCUGCCACCUAUGCCAAGCUUCACCAUGGCCAACAACCUGCCUAUGCAAGUAUGUACAUCACUGUCAGAUAUUUUUUCUAAUUACUUAGUAUAGCAUCCAAAUUAAUGACCAUGAUAAAUAUAUGUUGUAAACCUAUAUAAAGUAUACAUACUUGUCACACAAGUUAAUGCUGUAACUUGCAAUGCUGUAUUAAAUACUAUGCUGAAUUUCUAGUUGAAAUUUGAUAGUACAAUAUUUGCGUUCCCAUGCUUGGUGUAGCCCACCCCUUAGUAGAUACAGUAGGAGAUGUUGCUAGGCGACAGAGAAGCUGGUGAAUCUGACUGUCCUGUGUGUUGUCCCCUCAGGCCCCUGUGUCCAGCCAGACCUCCUACUCCUGCAUGCUGCCCACCAGUCCCUCAGUCAACGGGCGGAGCUAUGACACGUACACCCCUCCUCAUAUGCAGGCACAUAUGAACAGCCAAUCAAUGGCCGGCUCAGGAGGCAACUCAACAGGUAAGCAGAGAAAAAGGCUCAUGACAAAAUAAAGAAAAUCCAAGACAUUAUGAAUCACCAUUUGCAAACAUUAGUAGGUACAGUGCCAUCAGAAAGUAUUCAGACCCCUUGACUUUUUCCACAUUUUAUUGUGUUACAGCCUGAAUUUAAAAUGGAUUAAAUGUCGAUUUUUUGUCACUGGCCUACACAUAAUACCCCAUAAUGUCAAAGUGGAAUUAUGUUUCUAGAAAUGUUUACAAAUUAAUACAAAAUGAAAAGCUGAUAUGUCUGAAGUCAAUAAGUAUUCAAUCCCUUUGUUAUGGCAAGCCUAAAUAAGUUCAGGAGUAAACAUUUGCUUAACAAGUCACAAAAUAAGUUGCAUGGAAUCAAUCUGUGUGCAAUAAUAGUGUUUAACAUUAUUUUUGAAUGACUACCUCAUCUCUGUACCCCACACAUACAAUUAUCUGUAAGGUCCCUAAGUCGAGCAGUGAAUUUCAAACACAGAUUCAACCACAAAGACCAGUGAGGUUUUCCAAUGCCUCGCGAAAAAAGGGCACCUAUUGGUAUACAAAAAAUAAAAUAAAAAAGAAGACAUUGAAAAUGAUUUUGAGCAUGGUGAAGUUAUUAAAACACUUUGGAUGGUGUACCAAUACACCCAGUCACUACAACGAUACAGGACUCUUUCCUAACUCCGUUGCCGGAGAGGAAGGAAACCACUCAGUGAUUUCACCAUGAGGCUAAUGGUGACAUUAAAACAGUUACAGAGUUUAACGGCUGUGACAGGAGAAAACUAAGGAUGGCUCAACAACAUUGUAGUUACUCCACAAUACUAACCUAAUUGACAGAGUGAAAAGAAGGAAGCCUGUACAGAAUAACAAAUAUUCCAAAACAUGCAUCCUGUUUGCAGCAAGGCACUAAAGUAAUAUUGCAAUAAAUGUGGCAAAGCAAUUCACUUUUUGUCCUGAAUACAAAGUGUUAUGUUUGGGGCAAAUCCAAUACAACACAUUACUGAGUACCAAUCUCCAUAUUCCAAGCAUAGUGGUGGCUGCAUCAUGUUAUGGGUAUGCUUGUCAUUGGCAAUGUCUAGGGAGAUUUCCAGGAUAAGAAAAAAAAGGAAUGGAGCUAAGCACGGGCAGAUUCCUAGAGGAAAACCUGGUUCAGUCUGCUUUCCACCAGACGAUGGGAGAUUAAUUCACAUUUCAGCAGGACAAUAACCUAAAACACAAAGCCAAAUCUACACUGGAGUUGAUUACAAAGAAGACAGUGAAUGUUCCUGAGUGGCAGUUACAGUUUUGACUUAAAUCUGCUUGAAAAUAUAUGGCAAGACCUGAAAAUGAUUGUCUAGCAAUGAUCAACAACCAAUUUGACAGAGUUUGAAGAAUUUUGAAAAGAAUAAUGGCAAAUGUUGCACAAUCCAGGUGUGGAAAGCUCUUAGAGACUUACCCAGAAAGACCCACAGCUGUAAUAGCUGCAAAAGAUUAUUCUAACAUGUAUUGACUCAGGGGGUUGAAUGCUUAUAUAAUCGAGAUAGAUUAGUGAUUUAUUUUUCAUAAAUGUUUUACAAAUGUUACAAUUUUUCUUCCACUUUGACAUUAGAGUAUUUUGUGUAGAUCAUUGACAAAAAAAUACAAUUAAAUCAAUUUUAAUUCCACUAUCUAACACAACAAAAUGUGGAAAAAGUCAAGGGGUGUGAAUACUUUCUGAAGGCACUGUAUUUUGAUAGAUAGAUAAAAACUACAUUUUUUCUUAAUGAAUGUUGAAAAUAUAAAUUAUAUGGAGAUGCUUGUUUACAUUAAUUAUGUUAUGAGAAUAUUGUUAUGUGUUCUAAGACUUCAAUGAAUGUUACUGAGCAGACACUAGAAGGUACUGACUGUAUGGUGCCAGAACUGAUCCAUCGCUCUGUGUUUGUUGUGUCAGGUCUCAUCUCUCCUGGAGUAUCUGUUCCUGUCCAAGUCCCAGGCAGUGAAGCAGACAUGUCGCAGUACUGGCCCAGGCUACAGUAG